UUUAUGAGCAAGUCACACAUCCUAUUUUAUAACCGCGUCUGCAGGGACCCCUGGUGGACACGUCCCGUUAAAGCCACCACGCUGGUGUAACAUCCUGGGCAUUGACCCAGGAUGUUGAUUCCGUGCCUGCGGAGGACUCUGGGAUGGUAUCAUUGAAACGCGCAGCCGACCCGUACACACACACACGCAUGCUGUUUGGGCAACCACUAGCAGUUAGCGAGCACCUAUUAAGGAGAUCGAAACGGAGCACGAGGGAGUCUGGUGUGGCCAGCACCAAGCCCGGCAGCCUUGGUGAUACGUUGACCUGGAUUGGAACCCAGGUCACGUCAGCCGCGUGUGAAAAGCGCAAUGCCCCUGGCUGAUCCAGCCGUGAAUUAUGGAUAACUUCAGUGGGCCGUGAUUGACAACGCUGCGGUUUGGGCUGUAGUGAGUGCCAGCCCAUUCAUCUUCACCGCCCUAAGCCAAUGUCUAUCCACUGCUGGAUGAAUGCCCCCCUCACUGGCUCGUGCUGCCUGCCCUCCAUCUCAACUCCUGCACGCGGACCGAUCCGAUCGCUCCAUCUCCGCUUCCGUGGUCCCUUAGCUCCUGGAUGCGUUGGUGAUAUCAACGCAAACUCCCGAAACUGAACCCGGUACGGUACUGUAGAAUAAAACGUUACUAACCGUUACGGAAUAAGGUAGUCUGUGCACGUUGGGUAAUUGCAUAAUAACUCUGCAAAUCCACUGCUGGAUGGAGACCUCCCCCCACGCCACAGUGUUCGAGAGUUGGACUCCUGGAUGAUGGACAGGAGGUCGUUAAUACCACCGCUGCUCUGCUGUUUGCUGUCCGUGGUGGUGGUGUAUCGUGAGUAUCUCUUGGACACGCUGAGACUAGGAGGAUCACGAGCGGGAUCGGUGGCGGUUGGUCGCUACGAGCUGGUGGUCGCCAUCCUCUCCGCGAGGGGCAACUGGGUGCUCAGGCAGGCUGUGCGUGACUCCUGGCUGCAGGCCGUGACGGCCAGCCCCUCACUGAGGAAGCGGGUCCUGCCGAGGUUUGUGGUCGGAAGCCGCGCAUGUGACAUUCACCCUGAAGACAGAGAGGACCCAUACUCCUGCUCUUUUCUCAACAUCACUCUGCCUGCGAGCGAGCGGGAAAUCGAGGCGGUGACUUGGCUGGAACCGGGGUCGCCAGGGACCGGGCCCCGGACUCGCGUGGCGCGGCCAACGUUGCUGGGGCUCGACUUCCGGGUUCGCCACCCAGUGGUGGUGACGGCGCUCGGUGUGUUCGCCUGGGACGGCACCGUCCCCAACGUCACCGUGCGGCUCCACAACGCGGCCACCAGGGUGGUGCUGGCCGUGGCUCACUUCGGAGCCCUGAGCCCCGGCGUGCGCGUGCGUGCCUGCAGGUACAAGCCCGUGCAGCAGUUCGUGCUCCCCAAGGGCUUCGAGGGCACCGUGGUGUGGGACGGGGUCACCCCGGCGGACAUGGUGCUCUCUGACCCCGGCGACUACACGCUGGACGCGGGAGGGGGCGUUCUGAAAUUCGCAGCGACGGGGCGGUACGGAGAGGUGGGGGACGAGUUCCCAGAGUUCAGACAGGAGCGGGUGGCACUUGCGGGGUCCUUCACCUUCGCCGUUCAAGACGGCGGCUCGCUCACCGCCCACGCCUCCGGCCGGGCACGCCGGAGCGCCGAGUGGGCCGAGACGACGCGCCGGGAGGCCGCCGUCCUGCGCGUCGAGUCGGCGCGUCACGGCGACCUCGUCCUGGUGAACGUCACCGACGUUUACCGCAGCCUGCCCAGCAAGAUGCUGCUCUUCUCCCGCUGGGCAGCAGUAUCUCUGGACUUCAGGCUGCUGCUGAAGACGGAUGACGACAGCUUUGUGGACGUGGCGGAGGUGCUGAGGAGCGCGGUGCUUCAGGGCUACGACCAGACCCCGGGCCUCUGGUGGGGCAGCUUCCGUCGGAACUGGGCGGUCGACCAUGCGGGGAAGUGGGCCGAGCUGAGCUACCCGGGCCCGGCGUACCCGGCCUUCGCGUGCGGCGCGGCGUACGUGCUGUCCGCCGACCUCGUGCGGUGGCUGUCCUCCAACUCCGACGUCCUCGCCGCCUACCAGGGUGAAGAUGUUUCCAUGGGCGUAUGGAUGGCAGCUUUGGCACCAACUAGGAUACAGGACAACCACCGCCGACGUUCAACAAAUAAAUUCCCGCUCGUUGUCGUGCUGCCCUGCAGGACGACCGCUGGUGGUGCGACGCGGCCUGCGAGCGCGGUGCCCUCGCCUCCUCGCAGCACUCGCCAGCACGGCUCGCCACCAUGUGGGCGGGAAAGCAGCGCUGCGGUGACGCGUGCACGCCGUGCGACGCGCCGGGCGUCUAGGACGGCGGGCGCUCGCUUACCCCCCCCCUCGCUCACCCUCCCUCGCUCUCGCUCGCUCACCCCCCCUCGCUCACCCUCCCUCGCUCUCGCUCGCUCACCCUCCCUCCCGUCGCUCGCCCUCGCUCGACCGGGCCCACUCGUACGGGACUCCCGCCAGCGUCUCUGCAACUCGCACGCGUUCGUGCAGCGUCCGAUUGUGACUGCUGUUCAGAACUGUGGGCUGGGACGGGACCUGGGCAGGACGCGCCGCUUGAAGGGGGCGAUGGUCCGAGGUCGACAAUAAUCACCGAGCGGCAGACGGAGGUGGGGAAAGCGCCCGAGAGGACGUGGAACCGCGGAGGCGGGGCGACGGGACCGCCUCCUCAGAGUGCAGGCGCCAGGCGGAUUGUUGCAUCGCGGCACCGUAAAGAAUGACGGCGACUUGCGGAGGCCGUUAUCCAGCAGCGGGUCGAUUACAGCCCGGUGAUGAUGAUAGUGAAUGCGACUGCAUCUCUGCAUGUUGCUGUGCAAAUUAUGUGCAACGUGUGAAGAAAGUAGAUCGGCAAAAAAGUAUUUUUAGAAGAUACGGUUAAGAAGCAGACAGCAGGGCAGGGAAGUGAGAUGAUGGCACGCUGGAGUGCGAAUGAAGACACUUCUUGAUUUAAAGCUUUCGUGACUGCAGGGAUUCAUAUUCUUGGUUCUUUCGGUAAAGUCACGUAGAAGGGAAACAAUAAAAUAAUUAAAAUAUAAAACAAUUAAAUUCUCACGACGUUUCGACUG